AUGUUCCUGGCAGAUACGCUUAGCCGUGCGUUCUUGAAGGAAACCAAUGAGGAUCUAAUUCCGGAUCUAACUGUCAAUGAAGUUCAUCUGCUACAGUAUCUUCCUGUGUCUCCGGAAAAGUACAGAAAGUUUCAACAAACGACAGCAGAAGAUGAAGAACUUAAGGUGUUACAAGACAUUGUUCUGAAAGGGUGGCCAGACACCAAGGAACAAGUGCCAGUGUCUGCUCGUCAUUAUUGGUCAUGUCGUGAUGAAAUUUCGUCUGUAGAUGGUCUACUCUUCAAGAACCAUAAGCUGGUUGUUCCAAAGCCAAUGCGCAAGGAAAUGCUGAAAACUAUACAUAACUCUCACAUGGGAAUUGUGAAAUGUAAGAGUAGAGCCCGAGAAGUUAUGUACUGGCCAGGAAUGUCAACAGAAGUUGAGGAAACUGUUGCGAAAUGUUCGACGUGUGCUCAACAUCUCGCGAGAAACCCAAAGGAACCACUAACAGAAACAGAAAUACCUGACCGUCCGUGGUCAGUAGUAUCAGCCGACAUCUUUGAGUUCAAAGGUCACAACUACAUGGUAACCGUUGACAACUUCUCCAAGUGGCCUGAAGUCGCUAAGCUUGAUAACCUCAGUAGUAACAACACAAUACACUACUUGAAGAGUCAGUUUUCAAGGAAUGGCAUUGUAGACAAGCUUAUCACAGAUAACGGUCCACAAUUCUCGAGUGAUGCAUUCGCCACAUUCGCGAAGGAAUACGGCUUCAUACAUCCGACGUCAUCUCCGCACUAUGCACAGUCCAAUGGACAAGCGGAAAGGAUAGUGCAGACAGUGAAAAACCUUAUCAAAAAGGCAUCUGAUCCGUAUUUGGCUUUACUUGCAUAUAGAAACACUACUAUGGAGGAAAUUGGACUUUCCCCUGCUCAGAUGUUUUAUGGAAGGCGUCUUAAAACAGAUCUCCCUACAACCUACCCAUUACUCACAUCUCAGGAGGUCUCAAACGGACAGGAAAUCAAGAAACGGCUUAAACUCAGACAGUCGAAACAUAAAAUGUUCUUUGAUCGACAUAGUGGUCCAGAGUUGAAACCACUAAACACUGGUGACAAAGUUAUUAUGAACCACAACAAUUCCUGGAUUCCUGCAACGGUGUCUGGAAAACACAAAAAUCCAAAAUCGUACAUCUUGGAAAACUCCAAUGGCCGGAAAUACCGUCGGAACCGGAAACAUAUCAGACCAACAAAAGCAGACAUUCAGAUUCGAACCGAGGAACCGUCUAUGGAGCCACCUCCACUAACAACAUUCGACACUCCAGAAAAGGCUUCAACAGAAACUGUGUUGGUGGAUAAACCAAACUCUGUGAGACAGAGUUCUGAACAACUGAUUUCUCCAAAACCUAACUUUGAACCAUCACUUCAAAAAUGUACAAGAUCUGGAAGGGUUGUGGUGCCCCCAAGAAAACUCUGUGACUAUGUGUCGUGA